GCGCACAAUUUGUCAGGCAGUCCCAACAGCUGUGCGACUGUUGAUCAAGUUGGCAGCACAGCUUUGGAAAUUCUAACAAACAGAAAACAAAAGAUGCAAGAAUUUAGUGCAAAACGUGAUGCUCUCUUUGCUUGCCUAGAUGAUGCGAGCAAAGAGCUCAAAGGCACCGCCUUAGAUCAGACACGCUCCAAGCCGUACACAAUUAAUGCGCUGGAACGAGCGAAGAACCAGGGCCGCAAAAUUUGCGCAGCUGGCAAAGCGGAUCUCGUUGAGACGGAGACAGAUGAGAAAUUGCGUCGACUGCGGGGCAAGGAGAGCAUCUUUAAAAAGCCCGAGCUGCCCAUUGGACGCUGCCUGAAGCCCCGCAAAACACCCGACUAUCAAGUGAAUCCGCACAAAUGGAAGAAAUACUCCCUCUCCGAUGUGGACAUCUCCGAUCAGACCAAUUCGGCGGCAGCUUUAUCCUUUCUACGAGAAAUGGAUGCACAGCAUGGACAGACAGAUCCAGCUGAUGAAAUGGACAACGAACCGAGCACAGCGCCGAAGGUUGAGUUCAAGAAGAAGAGCAAAUUGCAUCGCAAUUUGAAACAAUUGCAGCGCAAUGAGUUGGAGGACGUCGAGGUGGAUAAGCCCCAACUGAGAGGCUCCAAGCUGAUUAUGCCUGAAUAUGUGAUUGGCCAGAGGAAGGCCAAGAAACAGCCGAAGAGCAAGAGUGAAACUCGCGCUGCGUGCAAAUUGCAAUUGUCGCAUUUGGAAGAAGAAGCCGGCGAAGAAGAAAUAGACGAUUAAUCGUAUUAUUUAAGAAUAUUUAAAAUAGAUAAUAGCUAUACCCUUACAAUAAAU